AUGGCAGGCAACCUGAAGAAAGGCGGGGGACUCAUCGGAAUGAUGAAGGAUGCCUUCCAGCCACACCACCACCACCUCCAUUCGCACCACCAGCCCGGGGCCGUGGACAAAAAGACCGUGGAGAAGUGCUGGAAACUGAUGGAUAAGGUGGUGCGCCUGUGCCAAAACCCCAAAUUGGCGCUGAAGAACAGCCCCCCUUACAUCCUGGACCUGUUGCCAGACACGUACCAGCACCUGCGCACCAUUUUGUCACGCUACGAAGGCAAAAUGGAAACUCUGGGCGAGAACGAGUACUUCCGAGUCUUCAUGGAGAACCUGACUAAGAAGACCAAGCAGACCAUCAGUUUGUUCAAGGAGGGCAAGGAGCGCAUGUAUGAGGAGAACUCGCAACCCAGGAGGAACCUCACCAAGCUAUCUUUGAUCUUCAGCCACAUGCUGGCCGAGCUGAAGGCCAUCUUUCCAAACGGUCUGUUUCAGGGCGACAAUUUCCGCAUCACCAAGGCUGAUGCUGCCGAGUUCUGGAGGCGUGCCUUCGGGGACAAGACCAUCGUGCCUUGGAAGGUGUUCCGCCAGUCUCUUCACGAGUUCCACCCAAUCAGCUCAGGCCUGGAGGCCAUGGCCCUCAAGUCCACCAUCGACCUCACCUGCAAUGACUACAUUUCCGUUUUUGAGUUUGACAUUUUCACCAGGCUUUUCCAGCCUUGGUCAUCCCUUUUACGGAAUUGGAACAGCUUGGCGGUCACACACCCAGGUUAUAUGGCCUUCCUCACUUACGACGAGGUCAAAGCACGACUGCAAAAGUUCAUUCACAAACCUGGCAGUUACAUCUUCCGACUGAGCUGCACCCGGCUGGGCCAGUGGGCCAUCGGCUACGUGACGGCAGAUGGAAACAUUCUCCAGACCAUUCCUCAUAAUAAACCGCUCUUCCAGGCCCUCAUAGAUGGCUUCAGGGAAGGAUUCUAUUUAUUCCCUGAUGGCCGGCCUCAAAAUCCAGACUUGACCGGACUGUGUGAGCCUUCGCCUCAAGAUCACAUUAAAGUCACACAGGAGCAAUAUGAACUCUACUGUGAGAUGGGCUCCACCUUCCAGCUGUGCAAAAUUUGCGCAGAGAACGACAAGGACGUGAAGAUCGAGCCCUGCGGUCAUCUCAUGUGCACCUCCUGUCUCACAGCGUGGCAGGAGUCCGAGGGUCAAGGCACGGGCUGCCCGUUCUGUCGCUGCGAGAUUAAAGGUACCGAGCAUAUCGUCGUGGAUCCAUUUGACCCCAAGGACAACGGCGGGAACUCCUGCAGGGGCCUGUUUGGCGCCGAAGGCGCUCCGUCGCCCAGUUAUGACGACGAUGACGACGACAGACUUGAAGACCCCCACCUAAUGAUGAGCAAACUUGCUUGUACCAAGGUGGAACGUCCCGCCUCACCUGUGUCCAUGACUCCUCAGUCAUCCCUUCCACCCGUGCCACCCAGACUAGACCUGCUUCCACAUAGACCCCCUAACCCACCUGGGGCCUCCAGUCCUGGACUCACUACUAAGGCAGGGUCUCAUCACAAAGACAAGCCCCUUCCUCUCCCCCCAGCACUGAGGGAUCUCCCACCUCCACCUCCUCCCGACCGCCCCCACGCGUCCACCCCGUGCUUGGAGGGGCGCUUGCAGAGACGGCCCCUACCCUGCACGCCUGGUGAGGCUCCCCGAGAUAAAUUGCCUCCGGCACCCCCAAACCGGCCGGCCGCCGACUGGAACUCCCGGCCUGUUCCCAAAGCCCCGACAUCCUCGUCUUCCUCGUCUGGUCAAGUCUCUGUUGUGGGUGUGGACAUGCGUGCAGGUGUCAGGGAGCUCUCCAACCGCCACUCCCUCCCUUUGGCGCUGCCCUCUGCUCUUUGCACAGACCCGCAGAAGAACAAUAACUCCCUCAGUUUGGAUCACCAGCUGAACUUUGUCUCAGUGGUCGGACAAGAUUUUGACAACCCCAAAGUCAAACCAUCAUCCUCUGCCAGUGCCAUCUACUCACUGGCAAGCAGACCGUCUUCAGCCGCGAGGUCGGCAACAGGCGAGGAGGCCCGUGACAGUGAGGAGGAGUCAGAGUACAUGAUCCCCUCCUCAAGGCCCGUGCUGCCCCCCAUCGCGGCGCCACCUAUGGUAGAGAGCGCCCCGGUUUCGAGGCCCCCGCAGCCUCAGUCGGUCUUUGCCAUUCAGACGCAGACUCAAGCCAUUGCCUUCAAUCCGCGGCCGAUAGUAGCCGAACUGGAGGAUGGCCCUCCCAUGUAUGAGGCCAUGUACAACAUCCAGGCCAGGCCACAGCAAGCCCAGGAUUCAGAUUAUUCCGAGCUCCCUCCUCUGCCCGUGACCAACGGCCCCAGGGAGCACACAGCCGAAGAGAGGGAGGAGGAGGAGGAGGACAACGGCUACGAUUUUCCCAAACCGCAAUUGCCGAUGCCCCCCACCCGACGAACCUUUUCCGAACUGGGAGGGUCCUCCUCAUCAACUUCAUCCUCCUCAUCGAGCUCAUCCUCCGUAGCCGCCUGCAUCUCAGAGCCUGUGGAAGCCCCAGAGAGACCUCCCAAGCCCCUCCCAAGGCGCAUCAACUCUGAGCGCCGACCCAGCCCCGUCCCUCCGGUCCCCGGCCCUCCCGGUUGCGGGGCGACGGGAGGUGACGUCAAUCCUCACAUUAGCAGCGAGAUCGAACAUCUCAUGAGUCAGGGAUAUUCGCACCAGGACAUCCAGAAAGCACUGAUGAUUGCACAGAACAAUAUUGAGAUGGCCAAGAACAUCUUGCGAGAGUUUGUCUCCAUUCCCUCCACGGCGCACAUUCUCACAUAGCACACUCGGCUAUUUCACCCUGGCUCGGCUUGAUCUUUUUAUUUUUAAAGGUCGGCGUGGCUCGUUGCCUGGAGCGUAACCCUCUCUGGUGCUUGUCAACCCAACCGGCCCGUUGUGGAAUUUUUAAUUGGCUGGCGCUCGCAGCAUCUCUUUCAGCAGCCUUCUAAAACUGCGACAAGAGCAUCUCGCCAGGCCCGACUCGGCGUCCACCAUGUUGAAAAAAACAGGACGCCUUUCGGAAGCCUGGCUGAAAAUGUAACCAAGACCUCAUGAAUAAAAUGUAUGUCUAUAUGAAAGUUUAAUAUAUGGUUAAAUGUAUAUUAAAUGUGUGUAAUAUAUACAAGUCAGUAUGUGAAAAGAUGUCCGCUUCGAGGGUCACUUUUGGUACAAGCGCCAAGCAUGUGCCUGUUGUCAAAACGGCGAUGCGAGGGUUGACUUGAAGAUUCUCGGAUUGGCACCACUGCGUUUGCGUGUUUGUACGUGUGUUGGAAAUGUAAGCCCACAAUUUUUCAAACCCUGGCCCAAUUGAGUUUGUAAUUUGAAAAUGACAGAAGGAAGUUGCAAAUUGUUCUUUAAAACCAUUUUUAAAAAUGACCUAUAAUGAAUUUGAAAGUCAAAUAUAGCGCAAGCAGUGAUUCUCUUGCAUACCACUAGAGAGAGCCUAAGAUUCUGGUAAUCCAUCGUGCAAAAAUGUUUUAAAUGGUGCAAAUUACCUUCCUUAGCAGGUAUGACUAAAUUUAAAAUGUAAAAGUAAAAUUGUUCUGUUGUACAUCUAAACAUCUGCCACUUUCUUGUGUCAUUUCAAUCUUAAACAUAGUCACCAAAUGCAAAUAUGCUUCAACUCAAAAUUCUCAAAACGCGGCUUUGGUACUCAAUUUUUCUUUCAUGUUCUUGUUACCAACUUAUGUUUUAUUUGAGGUCAGCACCCUGGCGUCUGUGUGUGAGUGCUAGCAUGUGUGCUUGAAGUGAAUGUUGAUAUUGUAAUGUUAACCAUCACGCAGUACCAGAUGGGCUCAUGUUGUGUGAUUUGAGGUGACUGAUUUUAUUUCAUUUCAUCUUUGACAUCCUCGUCAGACUGGUUCAGGUUUCGGUUUCCAGCUCAGUGCGGUGUUUUAAUUACAAACAAAUUUUUGUCAUCGACUUCAUUUUGGUAAUAUAUUCUUGUAAUAUCCUAAAUAUUGUUGUAAUUAAUUCAGAAGUGCUGCACUGCUGCUACUAUUAUGAUAGUGUUAAACAAUUAAGCCUUAAGUGUACGUUUGUGAAUAUUGUUUAACUUGGUCAUCUGCCUUUAAAGUGACAGUAUCGCCGUUUUCCUGCAGUCGCUAAUGUAGCAUACUUGAACGUACAAGCAGCUUGAGAGCUGUCAACUCUGCAGUGUUUUUACUUUUUGGGGGGAGGGGGUGGGGAGGUAGCUUUCUUUCAGAUCGUCAUAGCAACAGUAAGCAAAAUGCAAAGCGGAAUUGGGCUUUAGGGUCCAAAGUCAUAGAAAGGGAAUAGCUGAUGAUGUAAUAGGUUGGCCCACGGCUUUGAUGGACGUCAGCAGCGGGCCAACUAGGCCAAUUCGCCAAAAAUAACUCAGGAAUAACUUUUUAGACCCGCUGAGUCGGAAUCAAUGAAGUCACACUUGUAGCCUUUUUUUUUUUUUCCCCCCUCCUCGCGUUUAUUUCAGUCAUUCUAACUUGCACAAUAUUUUCCAAGGUCAGCUUCCAGGUACUUGGAAUAAACACACACGAGCUUUGUGGUACAUUGAUGUAACACUCCUGUUGUAUAUGAAGAAUGUGUGUCUGAUGCUUUUCCAAUAGCGAAUAAGCUUAUUCUGGUUUAAGCUACACGGUCAAUCCUCAUUUCUGCUUUUAUGUUCCUAGUUGCCUUGACAAACUUCUUGAAUGGCAAGUAAUGGAGUCUUCAUUACUGUUCCGUAUUUCCAGGGCAGCGUGUUAAUUGUGUAUUCAUGUACUCGCACAGUAUACCAAAUUGUGCUUUGAUACUGUCACUCUAAAGGCGCUUGCAGUCAUACAAGAAUGCUGUCGGCUCUCAUUUUACAUUCCUGUAUUCUGUCCCCCCCCCACCCCAACACAAUGUUUUGUUUACUUCUGUGAAUAAUUCUCAAAAGCAGUGCCAUUUGUGUUGAGAUCACGAUUGACUGAGGCCUUUUGUUGUGUGCGCAUGCGAUUGUGGGUGUGUGAGCUUCAUCCAGGAGCACUUGCUGUUUACUUUUCUUCUUAGUCCCCAAAAAGACUAAGCACAUCCCGAAUGGCUGUUUUCUCUGCACCUGCAAGGAAACAAAGUCAUGCUUUAUCGGAUGGGGCCACCACAAGGAAGCUGUGGUUUCACGUAACCUCGUCAACAACAGCCGUUUUGAGAAAAGAAAAAAAAAAGGCAUUCGUUAAAAUUUAUCCUUGUUUUCAAAGAUCAUAUCACUUUGGAAGACUGCACAGUGCUGUUAAUAAAAUUGUAAGCAGGAGAAA